AUGAAGACUAAUACCCGCCGACAGCCGUUCGUUCCCGCGCUCCCGGGAGGAGGGAGGCCCGGCAGUGUCGGAUCUCGGGGCGAUAUCAAUCCGCUUUCGGCGGUCAUUGAUGUUGUCCCUAUUGCGUGCUUGGUUGAUGCCCUGAUGAGAUAUGGAAAACACGACACGACACGCGAUAAGUCGAUCGAUCACAGAAGUGAAAUUGGUCCGCUCAUGAUCACAAAGGAAGGAGCCAUGCGAAAUGUCAAGUUGAGCGGAAGAACAAAUACCACACCCAUCGACCCGAAGCAUCGCCGUCACUGA